AUGAGCCAUCUAAUUUCGUGUCAUCCCGACUAUGCAUCUCUGUACGAAGGGUUCCGACCCAACGCCGCCGAUGGCUGCGCCUUCCCAUUGUACGUGUCCCCCGCGUAUGUCUCUCUUCACGGCUGGAUGGAUCUCAUUGUCUCCAAGCACAUGUCUCUGUCCACGCUGUCGAAUCCAAGACCAAGGAGCAACCUUCCCAAGCGCUUUGGUCUUGUAUUCGAUGGUUGGUCUUCCGACGGGGCGUCAUUUUAUUGCGUUCUCGCCACGUUCUGCAAGAACGGGGAGCUUCACACACCCAUACCUGCCUUUGCCCCGAUGCUUGACGAAGGCGACUUGUCUGCCGCACAGCAUGUCGGAUUUCUGGCGGCGACGUUGGAGCUGUAUGGCAGGACGAUUAACCCUGUUACGUUUCUUGUUGGGGACAAUUUGCUUCAUCGAUUGAACCUGGUCGUCCACCAAUUCCUCGACAACCACGAAUCCAUUCUCGACAGCAUCCAUGCCAUGAUGCUACGAUGCCGGACGGCCGCGUUGGAAGUCAUUCAAGGGUUCACGAUUAUCCUGCAGCUCCACGACCUGGCGAUGAAUGAGGCGCGGGCCUUACAAGGCACUCUGGUCGAGCGGUUUUCGGGUAUGGCGAGCUACCUAAGCCCCCACGCUACGCUGGAAUGCGAGCGAGCGGCGUUGGCCCCGUUCGAGGUUGUUAGACCCAGUCCGAGUCCGUCGUGCUUGGCGAUGAAAGAUCUGCAAGCGAAGAGAGCCAAGCUGAAUGAACGGAUCGUCAUGGAAUAUGAAAACCUCCGCUGUGUGCUGCCCACCUCGAACAUUAUCGAGUGCCUCUUCUCAAAGGCGAAACUAGUGUACACUUCACUUCGUCAAAGGUUGGCGCCAGAGUCUCUAGAAAUACUAAUGUUUCUAGGAGCCAAUCGUGCAUAUUGGAAUACUUUGACCGUUGAACAAGUUCGCAAGAAACAAUAA